AUGACUACGUCGGUCCGCUACAAUGAUUUCCACCUAUCACCGCCUCGGGAGUACUUCCUGCCCAGCAACCCCGUGAUACGACCAGGUGACAUCACUAGGAGAAGUAUAUCCCUGGCUGAGGUGGUGAAUAUGAAGGAAAAUCAUUUGGCGGCUGAAAAGAAGAGUCAUGAGAAAAUUCUGGAGCAAGACGCCCUCACGCGGUUGCGGUGUGAGAAGACCUUCGACGAUUUGAAGCAAACGAAUAUACGAUGCCAUGAGCAAACGGAGAAGGUGAACCGACGGAUAGAAUCGGUGUUGGCUGUGGAGCCGCGGCUCAGUGAUAAUAUUAGGAGGCUCGAGGAGCGUUGUGAGUAUCUCGGGAAGGAGCUCGAGGUUGCCAAGAAGGAGAAAGUCGAAGCCCGGCGACAAUUCACCGAAUGCCAGGCUCGUAUCGAAGCGGAGGUUGCUAUAAAGCGAGCGAGCGAACGUGAGGUUUCUGGCAAGGAGUCCCUCAGGCGGCGAAUUAUCGAGAAAGAUGUUGCGGCCAGACGGGGGGACUUGGAGAGGCGGAAGAGUCAGGUUCGGCAUGAGAGGGCUAAUGUGCAUCAAAUUGACCGGAAAGUGCAAGGGCUGGCAAAGACGGAUAUAAAUCUGUCGAGUCUGUCUGCGGGGUCGAUGAAGACCUGUUUAGAAAAGGCGAGGAACGAAUUCUCAUUUUUGCAGUCACAAUUGGUGGAGAUGGAGCUAGCCUGGAAGAGACUCCCAGAGGAUCGGGCGAAGCUGUUCUUACAAGCACAGGAGCUAGCUCCCGAGGUCCGCAUAGACACUCCAGUUUGGUCACCCCGGCAUGGGGGGAGUGUGGCUAGAGUAGGGAGGCAUGAGAAGGUGGUGGAGCACGAAAAGCGAGAGGCGAUUGAGAAAGCUAUUCGGGAGACCUGGCGCAGAAUAAAAGGGAAACAUGAUGAAAUUGCAGAGUUGGAGGAAGCCAUUGGUGAUCUUGGCGAGGAGGAAUCAUCAGAACAGGAAGAGGGCUCGCAUGUUAUUACGGGUGACGUUUUUGCUGUGUUGCGUCCGCCAGCGUCAAGUGAUGCUGAAAAUGCAGCUAAUAUGGUUAAGUCUCUGUGA